AUGGAGAAGUGUAAAUGUGGAGAAGAUUGCACUAUCAGCAGCACUGAUGUAGCACACUCUCUGUCAACAGAUGGGCGGGAGGAGCGCAUCCACGACACCGCCCCCGCCGCAGCCCCUGUAGCAGACCCCUGGGAGCUGUCAGUGGUGCUGGGAGUGUCGGUGUUGGUGGCGGCCAUAGUGGUGGCGCUGGCCUGCUGGAUGUGGCGCAACUGCAUGUCCACCAGGCGCAACGCCCCCAAGAGGGACGCGCGGAGUCGUGGCGCCCCCACGAGGCAGCAGCAGGAGCCGCUGUCGGCCGACGAGGAGAGCGAGCUGGUGGAGAGCAGCGGCGUGGUCGACGUGGGUGGCGCCAUGCUGUGCCGGCCGCCGCCGACCCCGCCGAACCACCCCUACGAGAACCUGGCGUCGGACCAGGGUCUUCCAUGUUCUCGUGAUCCGGGUCUUCCAGAGUACGAGAACAUGCACAACAUCCCAUCCUGGUUGCAGCCGCUCUUCUUAAACGCUCGCCGAGGGCUACAGGUUCCGAGGCCCCCGCCACGAACUUCUGCGUCUCGGAAUGCGGUACAGGCAUCGAACCCCUACCCUCAGGCAGAGAACCGCGCUGGUCUGGAACAGCAGAAGAGUCACCAGCUACAUGCAGGAAGUCCACCACUGACUGGGACACAGCCGUUCCCCGGUCAGCCGACAGACGGGACGCAGGUGUUUUGUGCUGAGCCGGUCGCCACGUCCACACCGCAGUCCUCUUGCGGCAGCUCUCCAGAGUCUGACAGCCUGGAGAGGGCGGCCAGGGGAUCCAGGCGUCCAGCUGGGCCAUCCCAGAGGGCCGGCCUCCCGCUGGGGAGAGAGGGGGACAGAAGCCUACGUGAGGCCACACCGGCGCGUCGUAACUGGGAGGUGGGGGCUGGAGAGCUGCAGCGCAUUCCCCAGGGUGCGAAGCUUGUGCCCCCACGUGCCAGCCACCACCACUUCAGACCUUUUUGGAGCCUCGGACGGAGCAGGACCAGUGCUGAAGAGCACGAAUACGAGGAUGUGGUACCGGUGCCCACGGGGUUCGUCACACCCAUACAGCGUGAGAGUCCACCUCGUGGUGGGGAGCUGCCAGCCGCCCACCUGGGCCAGCACGCUCACUGGGAGGGGGAGACGUCUGAGUGUUCCACGUACCCUCCAGGUGGCCUGCCAUGGGUGAAACCGCCAGAAGAACCGAGGGCUGGCUCCGGGGGAGUUCACUCACUACAGCGCCACCCACUGCGACUCAGCAGGGAAUCAGGUGCUGCGGCCCUGACGGUGCCACGCCAGGGCGCGCGCUCCUCUGCCACCAUGAGCACUAUGACAGCCAGCAGCAGUGUCAGCAGGGGGAAGCCCCCGCGGCCACUACCCAGGACUUCUUUGGGGCAGCCCCGCGCCACACCCACCAGUGCGCAGCUAGAGGUGGACGUCCACACUGUCCCACGGGCCCACAUCCUCACCGGAUCACCCGAGUCUAUGCUCUCGGCCCAAAGGUGGCAGCUGAGGGUGUAA